AUGGCCUCUACGGAAACCACUAGCAGCUGCAAGAAGCUGCGCGUGCUCCUCAUCCCCUUCUUCGCCUCCAGCCACAUCGGACCUUUCACCGAGCUCGCCGUCAGCCUUGCGACGGCCAGACCACGGGCGGUAGAGGCCACCAUCGCAGUGACGCCGGCGAACGUGCCGAUUGUCCGGUCGUUGCUCCGGCGGCACGAGAAUGCGGCUAACGGCGGCACACCUGUCAAGGUGGCGACGUACCCGUUCCCGUCCGUGGACGGCCUCCCCAAGGGCGUCGAGAACCUCAGCGCGGUAGCACAGGCCGACGCAUGGCGCAUCGACGUGGCUGCGGUCAGCGACACGCUGAUGCGCCCCGUGCAGGAAACCCUCAUCAGGGCGCAGUCACCGGACGCGCUCGUCACCGACGUACACUUCAUGUGGAACGCCGGCGUCUGCGAGGAGCUCGGUGUGCCAUGCGUCACGUUCAACGUCGUCGGCGCCUUCUCGACGCUGGCGAUGCGCCAUCUCACGCUGGCGCUCAUUUCCAAUUCCAACACCAACAUCAACAUCAAGCCGGAGCCGGAGGCGGUGAGCGUCCCUCGGUUUCCGGCCCCUGAGAUACGAGUGCCCACGAUGCCCACGUUCACUGGAAGUCAGUGUCUCACUUUGAUCACUGUACUUCAAAAUACCCUAAAUACAAUUACUAAAGUUGCUUAAGUGCCUCAAUACGGCCGCUAGUAUGACUUGACAUACAUAUUUCUCUUAGUUGGCAUAGAGUUGACCCGUCCAACUGCCACAUGGGCAACAACUAUGUGGACAACAUGGCUGGGCGACGUGACAUUUUGAAUAAUAAGCUUGACGGGCCCCACCUAUCAGAUGGGAUGAGAAACAAAAUGCAGAACUUAAGUGCCCGUGGGGAUUUGAUCCCACCCCACCCCACGCCUGUUCAUGUCCACAUAGUCGUUAUGUUAUCAUAGGAACAUAGGAUCGGUCCAUACAUGCAUGUAGUGCAUGAGAUAUAUGUGAUCAUCCAUGUACCGACG